AUGCAGCAUUGCGCUACCAUGGCGGUAUGCUUUACUGACUUCCUUACUCGUGAUCGCAAUGGCUUCGUGGCGGGAUGUUCAGAUUUUUGUUUUAAUUAGUGUACUGCUACCGGUCGGAGUAUUUCCACAACUUUCAACCUAUUCUAAUAAGACAUGUAAUCUCUCCGAUGGAAGGGAUGGUUUGUGCGUCUAUGCAUAUCUUUGUCAGGAUAAUGUCAUCAACGUCGAUGGAACCGGAAUAGUUGAUCUACGCUUUUCCGAUGAUUGUGAUGAUUACAUUCUUAAAUGCUGCUCACCAGAAACGCCCUGUGCAGACAGUAAAGGAACAUGUGUGGCUGCCAACCGAUGUUCUGCCGAUCUCAACAACUCCAAGUACAGACUUUUUGAAGAAGCAGACGAAUGUGAAUGGAGCGGUUACAAAUGUUGCCCAAACGAGAUUCUCCGUAAGGUUGACUCUAAGGCGACAGAAUGUGCUGGCGAUUCUGUUUGUGUUCCCAGCUCACAGUGUCUGGUACAACCAAAUGGUCGGAGUUUGUCGAAUGCGCGAACCAAGGUUUGUAGUAGCUUGGAAACAUGUUGUCCACGCAGUCAACUCAAAACGAGCUCCUCCAGUCCAUGCGAGCAGAUUGGUGGUAAAUGCGUUCCACAAAAUCAGUGCAGUUCUGUCUUUAGCGUAGAUAUCCGAAUUCAAUCGUGCGAUGAUCCCGACCUCGAGUGCUGCAUGAGUUCAAAUUCAACUACGUCAAUCAGAAAAGCCUGUGUACAGAAUAGCGGAAAGUGUUCCGCGAGAAAGGAUUGCAAAGGCACCGUAUACAGGGAUCGAUUAAAUGAAUGCGAAGGUUUAGUUUGCUGUGCAUCAACAGAAUCGCCGCCUACAAUUGUAACUCCUCCAGCAACAGUAGACAAGGCAUGCUUCAAUAACAAUGGAAAAUGCACAUUGAAAAGUGAAUGUAAAGGAACCGUUUACAGAGAUCGACAUAACGAAUGCAACGGCUUGGUUUGCUGUGCAUCUCAAGGAACGACUGAUCCCACCACACCUCGCCCAACGCAGAGACCGGUGACUCCAGGAAAGUCUUGCUUUAAUAAUGGUGGAAAAUGUGUCACAAGAAAAGACUGCAAAGGCACCGUAUACAAGGAUCGAUUAAAUGAAUGCGAAGGGUUAGUUUGCUGUGCAUCUUCUACACCAACCGAAUCUCCACCUACGGUUGUAACUCCACCAGCAACAGUAGACAAGGUAUGCUUCAAUAACAAUGGAAAAUGCACAUUGAGAAGUGAGUGCAAAGGAACCGUUUACAGAGAUCGAAAUAAUGAGUGCAACGGCUUGGUUUGCUGUGCAUCUCAAGGAACGACUGAUCCCACCACGCCUCGCCCAACGCAGAGACCGGUGACUCCAGGAAAGUCUUGCUUUAAUAAUGGUGGAAAAUGUGUAACAAGAAAAGAUUGUAAAGGAACUGUAUACAGAGAUCGGAACAACGAUUGCGAAGGACUUGUAUGUUGUGCUGUUGAACCUGCUCGCACGUGUAGUUCUUUGAAAGGGACGUGCAUAGCAGAACAGAAUUGCCGGCGUAAGAGUCCUACCAGGGUAGAAGACUGUUCAGCAAACACGGUGUGCUGUCUAGAAGUUGAAACAGUUGAGGUGAAAGAUUGUGGAUAUCGUAACGAGAAUGGCAUAAAGUUUGAUACAAUCAAUCGUAAUGACGGCGAAUCACAAUAUGGUGAGUUCCCAUGGAUGGUCGCUAUUUUGACCAACGAGGGCAAUGAGCGUAAAUACUAUUGUGGUGGAUCGCUCAUUCACCCAGCUGUAGUUCUUACAAGUGCAGGAUGCGUAAAGACGUACCGUCGAACAGUUAACGACCUGACUGUUAGGGCUGGGGAGUGGGAUAUGAGUUCAGUUGGGGAACCCACUCCAUAUCAAGAACGGCAGGUGGCAAAAAUCGUGAGCCAUUCUAAUUUCCAUCCCAAUACAUUGGCAAACAACGUAGCUCUGGUGUUCCUAGAUGAUGCAUUUGACCUUAGUCCAACAGUUAAUACUGUUUGUCUGCCACCGCAAAACUUUGAAUUUGACAAUGGAGCAGUAACCGCAUCUGGCUGGGGAACCACACCCCAAAAUCGUACCAAUCAUCAACACAUUCUCAAAAGUAUUGAUCUUCCUCUCAUGCCGAAGUCAGAUUGCGAACGUACCCUACAGAAAGCUACUUCCAACAGAAGCUUUAAGCUGCACUCUAGUUUCCUGUGUGCUGGUGGCGUGGCUGGCGUUGAUACGUGCUCGGGUGAUGCAGGAUCUCCAGUAAUUUUACAUAUACCAAACGAUGCUGAAUUCCGGUACUACGCAGUGGGGAUGGUUUCUUGGGGCGUUGGGUGUGGAAGACGCGGUACACCAGCAGUUUAUACAGAUAUAGGCGUAUUCAGGGACUGGAUAGACGAUGAAAUGGAACAGGAAGGAUUUGAUAUAAAUUAUUAUCGGUACCAAUUGUAUGAAAACUAACGUUAAAUAUCACAAUGAUAAUAAAUUAUCUACAAUGAAAU